AUGACCUUUACUGCUGGUACAACCCUGAACGUUACACUCGCCAAUCUUCCACAUCCUCAGCAUCUGGCCAAUACCAAAUUUGUGGCAAUUAUGAGUUCAACACAAACCCACGAUGAUGACACACUAAAGGUAACUACUGGGCACUCACCCAGGGGUAUCGGGGAUCUACCACCAGAACUACUUUUAAAAAUCGCCGACUUCGCUGCAGUCACCGAUACGAAUUCCAAGAAGAUACUCUGCAAGCUCUGUCUAGUCAAGCCUCUCAACCCAACCGCGACGGAAGCGCUUUACGCCAACAUUCAUGCCGGUGCCGACUUCAACCCCGUCCUUCUCAUACGAACCCUCCUCAGCCAUCCCUCUCUCGCCGCCCUGUAUGCCGUGGAAGGCCACUACCGCAAACUCAAACUCCCAGAGCUCUCCAUCAUGGUAUCCACGCGACCAUGGGAAAUCCCCUUCCUACCCGGCCCCCUCUUACAGACACUACCAAACUACAACCUCCUCAAAAACAUCACCAUACGAACCCCCCACAUAGACAUCGACCGCAUCGCAAAACUACUCCAACUACCCAACCUCCAUCAACUAGAAGUCUGGAACCUGCGCGAACUCCAACCCCGUCAUGCCUGGCACUGGGACGCCGCCCUAUUCCCCAACCACACAUCCACGGUCCGCCAUCUCACUCUGCGCGGCGGCUACCUCCACGUCGAUGUCUUGACUCUGGACUAA